AUGAACAUUGCCAUAGAUGUAGGGAGCGCACUAGAUUAUCUUCAUCAUGGUUGCCAAAAGCCAAUCAUUCAUUGUGAUCUAAAGCCGGGCAAUGAUCUCCUGGAUAAUGAUAUGGUUGCUCACAUUGGAGAUUUUGGGCUAGCAAAGUUGCUCUCUCAACUCACAAAUCCAAUUCAAAGCAGCUCAGUCGGAGUGAGAGGCACAGUUGGCUAUGCAGCACCAGAAUAUGGAUUAGGCAGGGAGCCAUCAACAAGUGGAGAUGUUUAUAGCUAUGGGAUCCUGCUACUAGAGAUGGUGUCAGCCAAAAAACCCACGAAUGAUAUCUUUGUGGAAGGUCUAAGCCUUCACAAUUUUGUAAGGAUGGCAUUGCCUGAUCGAAUAUUGGAGAUUGUAGAUCCUAUUCUCUUGCAAGAAGAAGAAGAGGCGAGAUUAAAUAGCAAUCAAGGUCCAACACAAGCAAGAAAUGAAAGCAAAUUUGAAUGCUUAAGUUCUAUGAUCAAUGUUUGA